GUUUUUCAAACGCCCCAAAAUGAUUAUUUCUAUAAUUUUAAGAAUUCUGUUGAUUCUUUUUUUGAACCAACAUCGGAAUGGGCGUCCCCCUACCUCACAUCAUUUUAUUAAAACACAACAGCGAGCUGAGGCAGCUCUAGUCUUACAAGUAUGCAAAGGCUGAUUGGAUAACAGAUUUUAUGAGUAGAUGUGUUACAAAGAAAGUACUAAUCAAAUCCUGAGUUUCUAAAGAAAUUAAGGAACCUACUUUUGGCUGGUCAAUGAAGAAAACUAGCUGGCGUCUGGUUGGCCAUUGAUUUGAAAUGCAUUUUUCUAUAUGUAAGCAGGCUGUCCUCAAUUGAUAGUUAGGUGAAGAACAGGGAGUGUUUGGAAAACCUGCAUGCUUCUUAUUUGCUUGGUUGUGUGUCACUGUCAUCUUAUUUGCCAUGCUAGCACUUCAUACCACUCAUCCCCAAGUUCCUAAGUCGCCGCACCAAUAGUAAAAGCUGACUGUUUCAAAUAACAGAAGCAUCAACCCAUUUAUCUGAACCAUACCGCUCUUGUUCAACCAGUCAUUCUUAUGAUUGAAUCCAUCUUUCUUCCCCACAUGCCUUGCUCUCCCCAUUCACUUGUCCUUUCUCAAGCCUCCCAAAUUAUCUGUUCUUGCUCGCCUCACCUACAUCUCCUGCUGCUUGCUCCCACAAGGAUGCCCACUGCAAGAAUAGCAGCGAUGCCACACCCACGCUAGCAUGUGUGGAGAAACUAGAUGCAGCUAAAGGGUGACAGGGUUCUGUAAUAGAACCGACUGUUUCAGUUUAAUAUUUUUGCAGCCAUGUAUCCUUCAAAGAUCUUGAUCCUCCUCUUUACUCUUCUUGUAACCUUUUCUUCUAGACUUGCCGUGAACAAAUCCUUCGCUUUCAGUGUUGAGCCUGGCACCAUAUGGCUAAAUAAUCCCUCCCUUAUCCACAACAUUUCUCCAGAUGAUAACUUCUCCUUGCGCAUCAUCCUCCCCACGACUUUUAUUGCCGACUCAUAUGUUAGUAGCGGUCCUUCAUUUGCAUGCGGCUUCUUUUGUGCAGGGGCUGUGGCUACCUGUGAUGACUACAUCUUUUCCAUCUUUCUUGUCUCUGCCUACAGCAUGGGUGAUGUAGUUGUGAGUUACUGGGAAUCGCCCGAGGUGGUCUGGUCCGCCAACCGUGAUCACCCAGUCAAAGAGAAUGCCAGUGUCCAACUUACUGAACAUGGGGACUUGGUUCUCUUUGACGCUGAUGGAACAAUGGUUUGGUCUACCCAUACUACAGACAAGUCUGUUGCUGGCAUGAAUCUUACCAGCAUAGGCAAUCUGGUGCUGUUAAACCAUGAAAAUAUGGAGCUCUGGAGGUCUUUUGAUCACCCAACUGACACACUUGUCACUGGCCAGAUACUACAAGAGGGGCAGAAGCUCAUGGCAAGAACCUCAUUGGCAAACUGGGCCAGUGGAAAAUUUUACCUCACCAUCCAACCUGACGGCAUGUAUGCAUUUGCAGGAACUGAUACUCCUCUAGCAUACUACCGAAGCCCCACUGGUGGAACUGUCACGACAAACAGGUCAGCAUACAUCGCCCUCAAGAAUGGCAGCCUGCAAGUGUGCACUUAUUUCCGGGAUACAGAGUCGCCAGAUUACCAGAUCCAGUUGCCCAGGGAUAACUAUGGGCUGGUGUUUGUGAGGCUAGAUUUUGAUGGGCACCUGAGGUUAUACCAGAGGCCAAACACUAGUUGGGUGAGUUCAGAUGUUUUUGAUAUAACUGAUCCUUGUGCUUAUCCUCUAGCUUGUGGCGAAUAUGGUAUUUGUUCGAAUGCACAGUGCAGCUGUCCCGAUGCUGCCAUCGGGCAGUCCGGAUUGUUUGAAGUAAUUGAUCCAAGGGAGCUUAAUCGUGGUUGCUUGCCACUAGGUUCACUAUCCUGUGAUUCAGCACGGAAGCCUAGGAUGAUCUCCCUUCCCAACAUCACUCAGUUCAACGGUGUCUACAAUUGGACGACAAGCGAAGAGCGGUGCAAAUUAUCAUGCUUGAAUGAUUGUUCUUGCAAGGCUUCGUUUUUCCAGUAUUAUAACACCUCCACUGGUUUCUGUUUUCUGGUGUCUGACAUCUUCUCAAUGAUAAGUGUAAAAGAUGGAAGUUACUCAAGAAAUUUUAGUUCUCUGGUAUUUCUGAAAGUUAAGGGAGCUACCCACAACUUUGUACUGUCUAAAGGGAAAACAGCCAUUGUCUCAGCCGUUGGUUCUUCAACUUUUGUUGCUUUAGUUAUUGUUGCAGUGCUUGUAGUUUUACGAAGAAAGAGAGUAGAACCAUCAGAGGAUGAAGACAUUAUUGAUCAGUUACCAGGGCUACCCACAAGGUUUUCCUUUUUAGAGCUGAAGUCAGCAACUGGUGAUUUCUCAAAAGUGAUCGGGAAAGGAGGAUCUGGUUCUGUUUUUGAAGGACACAUUUGUGAUAAGCAGGUUGCUGUGAAAAAGUUGGAUAGCAUUAAUCAAGGGACAAAGGAAUUCUUAGCAGAGGUUCAAACCAUUGGAAGCAUCAACCACAUACAUUUGGUAAGGCUAAUAGGAUUUUGUGUUGAAAAAUCACAUAGGCUUCUUGUCUAUGAAUACAUGCCUAAUGGAUCUUUGGAUAAGUGGAUUUUCCGAAAGCACCAAACAACCCCACUUGAUUGGAAAACCAGAUUGAGGGUCAUCACUGAUGUAGCAAAGGGCCUAGCUUAUCUACACAGUGACUGUCGGCAAACAAUAGCACAUCUGGACAUCAAACCACAGAAUAUCCUGUUGGAUGAGCAGUUUGCUGCUAAGGUAGCUGAUUUUGGGCUUGCGAAGCUAAUUGACCAUGAGCAGAGCAGUGUCAUGACUCGACUGAGAGGCACACCGGGUUACUUAGCUCCUGAGUGGCUGACGUCUGUUAUCAAUGAAAAGGUUGACGUGUACAGCUUUGGCAUUGUCAUCAUGGAAAUCCUUUGCGGCAGAAGUAAUUUGGAUUACUCGCAGCCUGAAGAAAGCCCUCAUCUUGUCAGCGUACUGCAGGACAAGGCCAAAACUGACCAGCAGAUGGACCUUAUCGAUCCACGCUCCACUGAUAUGCAAUAUCAUUUGGAGGAGGUGUCGCACAUGAUGAACUUGGCGGUGUGGUGCUUGCAGGUAGAUAGCCGUCGAAGACCUUCCAUGACCGAAGCUGUCAAAAUCCUGGAUGGUGCAAUGGAUGUUGAAACCGAACUUGACUUGGAUCUUGUAAACAUAGAAUUGAUGGUGGCAAACAGAGCAGUUCAUGGGAAGAUUGCUGAAACUCUGCAGAUAGACUCUGUUCUUUCGGAGCCAAGGUGAACGCAAGCUCGAUCGAGAUGUGGAACAAUGAACUCACAUUAUCCUGGGCGACACCGUCAUUUAGAUCCUACAGUUGUGAUAUAGUGAUAUCAAUACUUACUUAUAAUUGCGAAAAAAGUACUUCCCACAUUUCAUGGUUAUCGUUUCUUUUCUUAACACUGGAAGUGCCUGGAGUUUGAGGUGGUGCCUAUGUAUGUCCGGAAUGAGCUUGGUUAAGAAAAGAACCUAUUAUAAUCAUGUCAAUAACACCAGUGUUAAGAAAAGUGCCCGAAGUAACCAUGUAAUCUGGCCACCUGGGAAUUACUUUUUUUUUCUUAAACUGAAAAGUUCCUGGAGUUCGGGAGCAGAGUUAAGAAAAAGAAAUGAGUACAUAGUUAUCUUAUCUUUU